CCCGUCCCCGCCACACCUUUCAAUCGUGCCGUCCCCACUCUGGUCAGCUAACGUGUCACCUGAUGGGACGCACCGUCGCCAUGCGAUCGUCAUCCCAGAGGUCUUUAAAGGCGGACGGGCUGGGCUCUCUCUCUUCACAGCCCCAUCUGUGUUCCGUUCGCACAAAAAACCUUCUUCGUCGCCUUCACCACUUCACACCGCCUCGCAAAGAUGUCGCUCACCUACCUCGUCUCUGGCGCUAACCGUGGCAUUGGCCUUGGCCUCGUCACCGCUCUCGCUGGCCGCCCCAACACCACCGUCUUCGCUGGCGCGCGCAACCCCGCAGCUGCCACCGACCUCAACGCCUUGGCCGCGAAGCACCCCAACAACCUGCACGUCCUCAAGCUCGUCAGCGGUGACAAGCCCGGAAACCUCGCCGCUGUCGAGGAGAUCCGCAAGAAGGCUGGCAAACUCGACGUCGUGAUCGCGAACGCUGGCAUCGGCGACUUCUUCGCGUCGACGUUGGAGAUGAAGCCGGAGGAGAUGACGAGGCAUUUCGAUGUCAACGUCAACGGCACGCUGGUCCUCUUCCAGGCCACGUACCCUCUUCUCAAGGAGUCGCCCGUCCGCAAGUUUGUCCCCAUCGGCAGCUUGGUCGGCAGCGUUAGCAUCGGCUCGCAGUUCCCCGCCCGCAUGCUCGCAUACGGCGCGUCGAAGGCUGCGCUCCACUACCUCACCCGCAAGAUCUACCAGGAGCACCCCGACCUGACUGUCUUCGCCGUCAACCCGGGCGACGGUGUCGCGACCGACAUGGCCACGCGCACCUUCGAGGCCGAGCCUGGCAUGAAGGGCAUGACCCCCAUCAGCGUCGAGGACUCCGUCAACGGGAUGCUCAACAUCAUCGACGGCGCGACCCGCGAGUCUCUCGGCGGCGAGUUCGUUAACUUCGACGGCACGAAGUUCACGUGGUGAGCGCGUCGCGCGCGGGGAGGCGACCUUCGAGUCGGUACAGGGAGCCGCUCGUAUCAUCCAUCAUCUUGCAUGUACUAGACCUGUAGUCAUUUGGCGCGUCGCGGACUGGACUCGCCUAACUUAUUCAAUGCAUUGUAUCUUCCAUGUAACCUCUGCGGUUGCCCAGCACGAGCCGGGAGGUCAAUACUUCAGCGAACCUUCUGCCUGGCUUGCGAUUUUGGAAACUUUGGGGAACCCAUC